AUGCCUAAACUUAUGGUAACGGGAGGACGUAGACUCCAAGGCAAAAUCAAGAUUUCUGGAGCAAAAAAUGCCGUUCUGCCACAAAUGGCAGCGAGUUUACUGACGAGGGAAAAAGUCACUUUAACGAACGUGCCUAACAUUACUGAUGUGAGGGAUAUGAAAUCGACCUUAGAGGCGUACGGGGUAGCUGUAGAGCCUGAUGAUUGGAACAAAUUUGAUGGUACUUUAGAACUACAAGCAGGUAUGCCAGCCGCGUAAGGUCUGAAUGAACGUGUAUUAUAUUAAUUUUUCAGCGAUUUUUUGGGCCACGAAUCGGCUGGAUUUUUAAAUUUGAAUUCUAAGCGAGUUGAUAAUGUAAGGUCAAGGUAUUCUUAAUAUUUUUUUUUUUCCUUGGGGGAGGGGGAGUAAUUUAAUAAUUUGUGAGUCACAACUCUAGGUGGGUUAGUGGCAUGCCUCCGUGAAUAAAUUGUGGAGAAAUAUGUAAAGAUCUUAAAAACUGGGAGACUUAAGCCCCGUUUACACUACGCUCAAUUUUUGGUACGGCACGGAUAAAAUUGGUACCCAUACCACUUUUUUGCUUCUUGGACUAUCUAUUUAGGUAGUCCAAGAACCAAAAAAGUGGUACGGUACCAAAAAUCGAGCGUAGUGUAAACGGGGCUUUAGCCACAUAGAGCUUUAUUGUAUUUUGAUCCGCCACUGGUAUUUUGAUCGGGAUAUACCUAUUUAAUUAAUUCAUUUUAUAAAGGUUUGAAAUUUUUGGUUUCGUAUUGCCUGAGGAUCUCGACUUUUACCAGAAUAAUUUGGCCUUUAGGGGAACGGUACUGUUUCUUAUGACGGAAAACCCCCUGAAAAAACCAUCGAAGAACAAGAAAGAACCAACCAACCAAGGGUUGGACACGAAUCUUCAAGCGCAAUUGCAAACUUAGCAAGACGAGUUUCAGGAACAGGCUAAACUCAGCUGCAAGGGUCAGCACGCUGAAUAGUCUACCAUACAAUUGCAUUCUAAUUUACUUACUGGUAUUUUCUUUACAUAUAGACAGCCCGACAUCAUCACUGCCAAGUAUCAAUGUACGCACGGAUAUCCGUGCAUCUUUUCUUGUCUUUGGACCUCUAUUAGCAAGAACUGGCGAGGCUGAGGUGUAUAAGCCAGGAGGAUGUGACAUUCAAAAAGAACCGAGAAAAGUCGACUACCAUAUACAAGCAAUGAACAAUAUGAGUGUGCAGGAAAAGCCAUCCAUUGAAGAAACCAACAUCUCUGUCAAAAUGGAGAUGGAAAACGGUCUAAAACCUGCAGCAAUCACGUUCAAGAAAAGCUCAGUUGGCGCAACGGAAACUGCUAUGAUGGCUGCUAGUCUGGUGGAAGGUACUUUGUGUGUGUGUAUGGUCCACUAGUUUAAUUAAAAUGGUUAAGCACCUAACCAUAUGAGGCAGUGGUGGAAAUUCACUUUUCCCGGGGGGGGGGGCAAAGCCUCCUAAAUUUCCGACAAAACUUUCAAAUUUCCGACAUACCCCCCAUUUGCACUCGAAAAGACUGUUUUUACACUCGAAAAGAUCCUCUUUUAGAUCAAAAUUUCUGAAAAUUCGUCAAAUCUUGGUGGGGCGGCCGCCCCCCCCCCCCGCCCCACCAAGAUUUCCGCCACUGAUAGGAGGUGGCAACUUCUUACCCACCCAACUUAUCCAUGACCACCUAUCUUCUUAAUUACUUACCUAUCCACCUACCAAUCUUACCCACCCACCUAUCCAUGACCACCCACCCAAGGCGCCCCAGGAAUGUUCUAUUGAAUGAGAAUUCCAAUUAAAACAAUGAAUUUUUGCUACUUAAGGUGACACCGUAAUCAGACAUGCAGCAAUUGAACCGGAGAUAUAUGAUUUGGCUAAGAUGUUGGAAAAGAUGGGUGCAAAAAUCAACAUUAAUGAGAAUGUGGAAAUUGCUGAAGACGACCUCACUGACUUUGGUAUAUAAGAAGAGGUGUGGAAUGUGAUCACAGUCACUGGACGCAAGUCUCUCCGAGGUGUGAGCCAUCGGGUCAUGCUCAACAGUUGUACACGAUUUUCAACGCAUCCAGCGUGGUUACGAAGACAUGGUGAAAAAAUUGAAUAAAUGUGGUGCCAAGUUGCAGAUCCCUGACGAUGCACGUGAUGGUCAUCAUGGUGGAGCAGGUGCUUUCUAA